AUGCCUUCGCAGCCUUCAAACGCGGGUAUUGUCACCGACGAGAACAGUGGUGACCGAGAGAUCCCGCAGUCUGUCCGCGCAGAUGGCAGUACCCGUAAAGCUAUCAAAAUUCGUCCGGGAUACCGGCCUCCCGAGGAUGUCGAAGUCUACAAGAACCGCACUGCCGAGGCCUUUCGCGAGCGCGGUAAGAAGAUCGGCAUCCCAGGUGCCACGGGCUUGAAGGAAGAGAGCUCCGAACAAAACUCGGCUGCAAGCAACAAGAACGCCAAGCGUCGUGAGGCUCGGAAAAAGGCAAAGGCUGCAGAGGGUGAUGCUCCAGCCCUUGCGGAAGAGACAAAGCCCGAGGAAGUCGAUCCCGAAGUUGAGCGCGAGAAAAAGGCCCGAAAUCUUAAGAAGAAGUUGAAGCAGGCUAAGGACCUCAAGAACAAGAAGGAAGGUGGUGAGGCUCUACUUCCCGAGCAAAUCGCAAAGGUCAUCAAAAUCAACGAACUCAUUAGAGAGUUGGAUGCGCUGGGCUUCGACGCUGAGGGUGAGCCCAAGAAGGCUGCCACUGACGACGAGGGUGAAAAGAAGGACUGA